AUGAAAACUCAAGGAUUACAUAAAUUGAAUAAUCUUCUAGAAACAGUCAACAUGAGAAAUCAAGAGUUACUGUCCUAGUUACAAUCUGACUUUAAAUCAAGAGAAACAUCACCACCCAAGCCCAAAAUUUUAUCAGCUUCACAAAUGGAAAUGCAAUAAUUGGCAGAAAAAAAUAAACAAUUAGUUGAAGAUGUACAUAUUUUGCUCAUUUAUUUAAGCUUAAUUUUUUGAAUUUAAGUUUUAAAGAAUUGAAAUUAGGCACAGAUGAAUUGAACUCUAAAAAUUAAGCACUUAAAAAACAUGUUAAAGAACUUUUAUAGACCCUUAAACAUAAGGAGGAUGAACUUAGAAAAGCAAGAGAGAAAUAAAAAAAUGGAGAAUAAAUAGAAGAAAAUAAAAAUCAAGAAAAAUCUGUCAUCGAUUAUGCUAUUUACAUGGAAAAAUAAUUCUAGACUUUAGAAGAUAAAGUCAAAAAGUAUAAAAAACUUUUAGAAAAGAAUGGAUAUGAUGACUAAUUAGCUAAAAAAGUAAAGAUCUUAAUAAUCUAAGGUUGAAGAAUAAAAGAAGAUUAUUUAAUAAUUAAAUUCAGAAAAAGAGUCUAUUAAAAAAGAAAAAGAAGAUAUCUAAAAUCAGAUAAAAAAUUAAAGGCCAGAUGCGGAAGCUCAACUAAAAUUACUCACUGAAAAAAUUUAAAAUAAUGAUAAACUACAUAUUUAGGAAAUUUAACUUAAAAAUAACAUGAUUGAAAAGCUAAAUAAUCAAUUGAUAAAGCUGAUGGACAAUCAAAAAUAAUUGAACGAAUAAAAAUCACAUAAUUAGAUUUUAUAAUAAAAAAUCAGUGAACAAGAAAGAAAAUACAAAGAUCUAGAUGAAUAAGCUAAACAUGUUAAUGGAACAGCUCUCGAAUAAUCAAAGCAAAUUUAAUAAUUAAAUAAAGAGAUUUUAAGCUACAAAUAGUAAUUAGCUUAACAAGAAGAAUAUUGUAAUAGAAUUAUUCUAUAGAAAUAAAAAGAAAUCACUCAAGUGCAAUAAUAAUUAGAGUAAAAACAUUUUGAAGAAAGUUAAAAAAAAUAAAAAUAGUAUGAAUAGUAAUAUCGCUAAGUUAUAGAAUAAUUUAAUUCAUUACAAAAUAAAAUUGCAGAAUUAGAGGAUUAAAAUAAUUUUAUGAAACAAAAGUCAUCUAAAACUUUAAAAAAUUUAGUGCAAGAAUUGAAAAAAAUGAAAAUAGAAUUACAAAAUCUUAAAAUGAUUGGACAUUAUGACAUCUAGUAAUUUAAUGAACUAGAAUAAAUAAUAAUGAAUUCGAUAUAAUAAAAAAUUUAAUAAUCAUAAAAUAUUUAAGAAUAUGAAUAAGAAGUAGUAUAGGAGAUGAGUCAAGAAUAAUCUUUGAUAGAAAGAACUUAGAUUUAAUAAUAAUUUAUUGCUUAGUAAUUGUAAUUGAACAAACAUCGUUAAUUUUUUAUGUCAGUAAUGAAGGAAGAAAAUAAUUUUCCAAUAAUGAAAUAACAAAUUUUAAACUCUAUGGGAUAGUUCAAAUAGUAUUUAUUAAACAUUAUUUAAUAAUUUUUCCUAAAAUCUAUAGAUAUCUUAAACAAUUAGAAAGAAGAUUAUGCAUCUUAAAUAAAUAGUUUGAUUUAAGAAUUAAAUAAUGUAAAUCAUUAAUUAUUUGAGAUGUAACAAAAAAAUACUAAUUUACAAGAAGAAUUAUAAGAAAAGCAGGAUGAACAUUAAUUUGAAAUGUAAAAUCUAUAAGAAUAAAUUGAUAAAUUAAACUAAACAAUAGAGGAAACAAACUAAAACUUAGAAAAAAACAAUUAAAAUUAAGCAACAAUUGACCGUUAACAAUAAUAAAUUUCCUAAUUAGAGAUUCAGUUAUCCCAAUCUCAGUAAUAUAAUAAAUCUUAAUAAUAAACUUUAAAUAUAGCAAUUGAACAAAAUAAUAUAAAAGAAACUGAAUUAAAUGAAAUAAAAUAAAAGUUAAACUAAAUUAAUACAAUUUUAAAACAGAAAGAAGAUGAUUUGAAAAUGUAAAAAUAAUUAGUCUCAACAAAGUCUACUAAAUAUGAUUAAGAAAAGGUACUAAACCAAAAACUUUAAUAAGAGACAGAAGCCCUCAAAACUCAAAAUAAAUAAAUAUAAUUAGACUUAAAUAGAUAAAAGGACUUAAAUAAGUAGUAAUAAACAGAAUUAGCCAAACUUAAAACAGAUAAUUAACAAUUGAAAUAAUAAUGUGAAACAUUAUAAUCAAUAUAAUAAGAAUUGACAAAAAUUAAAUCAGACUUCAGUAUGACAUUGUAGGAGAAAAAUACUUUACAAGAAUAACUUGAUGAAAUCAAGAAGAAUUUAAAAUCAAUAAAUACAAUAAAUGAGAAAUUACAAGAGGAAUAAUUAAAUAAUGAUAAGCUUAAAAAAUAAAUAUUUGAAUUAUAAUUAAAUUUAGAAAGUUAGAAGGAAGAGAUGGAGAAUAUUGGUAAUGAUAAUAAAAGACUUAAAAGUUAAUUGAAAGAUCUAAAUAAUGAUUAUGAAAUUACUCUCUAAGAAAAUUAAAUGUUAUAAGAACAAAUGAUUUCAAAAGAUUAAAAUUUACUUUAAUUAAAAACAGAGUAGCAAGAAUAAAUUAAUUUGUUCUGCAGUCAAAAUAUAGAAUAAUAAUUAGAGUUAAAAAAUAAAGAUUAAGCUAAUUUGUAUGAUCUAAGACUUCAACUAGAAUAAGGAUAAGAAAUUAUUGAAUAAAAUAAAGUUUAAAUUUAAAAGCUUUAAGAUGAAUCAUUAAUAAUUCAAAAAGAGAAUAAAAAAUUGUAAGAACAGAUAGAGGAAUUAUAAAUUAAUAACCAAAUUAUGAAUGAAACCUUAUAAAGUUAAAAAAAUUUCUCCUAAAAUUAAGAGGUUUUGAUUGAAAAUUUAAAAAGUCAGCUUGAAUAAGAGUCAUCAAGUAAUUCAAGAUAAACAAUAUAAUUGAAAAAAAUGAAUACUUAGAUUGGAGAACUUGAAUAAUAAAUAGACAGAAAAGAACAAGAAUUGAAUGAAUACAUCUAAUCAUCUGAGGAUCUAAAGAUUAUAAAGGAAUAGUUGGAAUAAUAAUUAUUUAAAUAAUCACAAGAAUUGAAAUGUGUUAAAAUUUAAAAUUAAACUCAAGCUGAAAGUCUUACACAAUUAAAUGAUAUUGUUAAUAGUUUAAGAGAAAGAGAAAAAUAACAUGCUUUAAGCUGUGAGGAAAUCUAAAAUUAAAAAUAACAAAUGUAAAAAUAAUUAGAGGGAAAAGAUUUAUAAUUUAAAAAUUUACAACAUGAAAAUAAAGAAUUAAAUGAAGCAUUAGUAGCUGUAUAAAGUGAAAAUUAGACAUUAUCUGAUUAAAUUUAAUCAUUAUAAAAUGAAUUAGUUUAAAAAGUUUAUGAAACUACUUUAGAAAAUGAGAAGUAAUUACAAUUAAAUAUUUAAUAAUAAAGCCAAAAAUUAUAGUAGUAAGAAGUUUAAAUAUCAAAAUUUAAAUAAUAGAUAGAAAAUUUAAAAAAAAAUUUGUCAGAUGGGGAAAAAUAAAAGUAAUUGGAUUAAAAUUAAAUCAUAGAAUUAAAUUUAAAUGUUUAGGAAUUAUAAAGACAUUUACAAAUUUAAAUAGCUUAGAUAGAAGAGAUUAAUGAACAAAGUAAGCAAAAGGAUUAAAAAAUAUUAUAAUUGUAAAUUUCAAUUCAAGAACAAAAAUCUUAAAUAGAAAAUUAAAAUUUGAAAUUUUAAAAUGAACUAAAAAAGUAGAAAGAAGAAUAUUUAAUUUUGAAAGAAGGCAAUUAAAAACUACUAAUUUAGGAAUAAUAAUAUUAGAUGCUAAUAACACAACUUCAAUAAGAUUGUGAAUGUAAAAUUUCUGAAAUGAAUGGAUUAAAAAAUUAGAUUAUUUAAUUACAAUAAAAUUAUCAAAAUGUAUCAUCAAGUAAAUCGGCAUUAUAAGAAUAGUUUAACAAGUAAAUGGAAUAAAUUGAAUAAAAUUAAUUAGAAUUUAAAAAUAGUUUGAUUUAGGUUUAAUCACUUAUUGAAGAAAUAGAUUUGUUAAAACGUCAAAUUCUUUUAAAUUAAUAAGAUAAUUUAGAAUUAUAAAAUUAAUUAAAAGAAGCAAAUCAAUCAGAUUAAAACAAAAGAUUAAUGAUUAGCUAAUUAGAAUCUAAAUAUAAUUAAAAGACUUAGGAAUUAAUUAAUGAAAAUUAAGAGACAUAAAAUUUAGUUGAUAUUUUAUAAAAGUAAAUAGUAUAGAUUUAGGAUGAAAAAGAAAAAGUUGAAGAAUAAUUAAGUGAAAAGAAUUAAUAACUUGAUAAUUAUUGUAAUGAUAUUGAAGAGUAAAAGAAUCAUUUCUAAUAAAAAUUAUAAAAUUUAGAGCAAAAUUUAAAAUCUUAUGAAUUAUAGAAAUAAUAAGAUUAAGAUUAAAUAAUAAAAUAUUAAGAUGCCCUUGAAAUGCUAAAACAAUAAAAUUUAUAAUAAUAAAGCGAUUUAAUAUAAUCGAACUCUCAACUCUAAAAUAUAAUUGAUGAAGAGAAAAAAAAAGAUAUGGAAAAAGCAGAAAAGGAAAUAAAAAUAAUUGCUUAAGAAAAAGAAAUAUAAGAAUAGAAAGAAAAAAUCAUUUAAUUGAAUAAUAAAAUGAUUUAAUAUGAAGAAUUACAAAACUAAUACUAAUAAACAAAAUAGAAAGUAGAAGAAAAUCAACAGAAAUUGAAUGAGUUUGAAAAUAAAAUUGAUUAAUUAACUAAAAAAACAUAGAUUUAGGAGUAAGAAAUUUAAGAACUUUAAAAAAAAAAUAGAGAGCUGGAAGAUCUCUUAUAAAUAGCUUAAUCAGAAAAGAAUAAAAUCACUUAUUUGAUGGAAAACUAUAAAGAAGAAAUAAUACAAAAAAAUUAAAAUGAAUAAACCUUAUAAGACGAACUAAAUUAAUUGUAAUAAUAAUUAUUUAAAUUAAAAGAAGAAAAUAUUUUGUUAGAAUCAGAUGUAAUUUCAAAAAAUACUUAACUUAAUCUUUAAGAAAAAAAAAUUUCUUCAUUAAAUGAAGAUAUAGACUUACUGAAAAAUUAAUUAAAUGAAGGAAAGGAUAUAAUAAAGGAUUUGAAAUAAAAAUUAGAAUAGUAACUAUAAAGAUAAUAGAAAUUUGAAGUUUUUGUAAAAGGGGAGGAGUUUAAAUACUUACAAAAAAUAGAAAAUUUAGAAACUGAAUUAUCUUCAUUGUAGGUAAAUUCAAAGUUAAAAAUAGAAAAUGUUAAAAAUAAAUUGAGUUUAAUAAAAUUAGAGUUUGGUAAAUACAAAAGAUAAUAGUAACUCUCGAAUAAAUUCAUAUAAACAUAAUUAUUAAAUUUUAAUGAAACUUAUAAAGCAAUAUUAGUUAAGAAAAUAAAAAAACUCUAUGCGAUCAAAAUUUAAUUAGAUGAGCUUAAAUCGGAGCAUUAAAAAUUAGAUGACACAAUAAGAGGAUAAGUAAAAAUGGGUCCAUAAAUUUAAAAAUUUUUGAAUUAAUAAUAAUAAUCUCUAGAUGCCUUAGUUAAAGGCUUUAAGGAUAAAAUUUAAGAAUUAACUUCCUAAUAAGAAAAUAUGUUUUUUACUGAUGAAAAUAGAAAACAAGAGAUUUAAUCUUUAUCUUCUGAUAGAAGUGACUUAAAAAAUUAAUUAUAUGAUGUUAAUUAAAAAUUAUAAUCAUAGUAAUAAAUUAAUUUAGAAAUAAAAGAAGAAAUACAAAGAUUGGAAAGUUAAAACUUAUUAUACUAAGGUUAAAUACAAGAGAAAAAUAGUGUAAUAGAUUAAUUUAAUGAAAAAUUUAAGAUAAUUCCAAUUCUUAAGAACGAAAUUUAAUAGUUAGAGCAAUAGAAACAGAAAUAGUAAACUAUGAUUAAUGAAAUAUAGGCAAGCUUUUAAGUCACAAUAGAUCAUUAACAAGAGCAAAUUCAAUCUCUUAAAGAAUAAAAUAGAAAUUUAUUAUCUGGUUAGGAAAUUAAGACUUAAGAUUUAUAUUUAAAAUUACAAAAGCAAGAAUAAUAAUUGAUAAAAGAAAAAUAAUUUAGUUAAUAAAUACUAGAUAAGCUUUCUUCGAAAGAUGAGGAGAUAUAAUAACUUUAAUUAGCAUAAAAAAGAAACAUAUAAGAAAUAGAUGAUCUAAAUAAUGAUAUUGAAGAUCUUAAUGAUAAGAAUGAAAAUCUUAAAGAUUAGGCUUAAAGAUUUUAAGUUUAUUGUUCUGAAAAAGAAGAAUCAAUCAGAAAUUUGAAAGAGAAUGUUUAUAAUUAAAAUUUAUUAUUGGAAGAAAAAGGAAAAAAAAUAAACUAGAUCCAAAAUGAUAAUGAAAUUUUAAAGAAAAAGUUAAAGGAUUAUGAAGAAACCAUGAUGAAAAAAGAUAUAAAAUUUUAAAAAUAAAAUAAUAAAAUGGAAUCGAUGCAGAAUAUUAUUAAGGAAUUCCCAAUAAUUAGUAAAGAGAUUGUGGAUACAAUUAAAAAUACUAAAGAUUUUUGUUUAGAAUAAUUAAAGAAAUUUGUGAAAAAAAUUUCGAAUUUGUAAGAGAAAAUUGAAGAAUAAGAAUCAGCUUAUGAAUAAGAAAUAUAAAGGUUAAAAAAGUAAAUACAAUUACAAUAAUAAUAAUAUGACGAAAUGUUUUCAUAAACUUUAACAAUUAACAAUGAAAAUCCUGAUCUGAUGGUUCAUUUCAAAGAUAAAUUGAAUAAAGCUGUAUAGGAAAGGGAUUAAUUUUAGUAGGAAUUAAAAUUGAAGAUAGAGCAAUUUGAUAAAGUUUCUGUUGAAAACGAUUAUCUAUAAUUAUAGAUUAAGAAUUUAAAGUAAUAAUAAGAAUUCAAUGAGAGUGGUUUUCCAAGUUUGGAAUUAAGCUCAAUAGAUAACUAAGAAAUAAGAAAAUUUGACCAUAGCUCUAUUAAUAAUGCUACAAUUAUAGAUCCUACUGUUUAAAGUGGACAUACAAAAAGUAGUUUAUAAAUUAAAGAUUUUUAAAAUUAACUAGCAUAAUAAUUAUAAUAAUAAAAUGAAAAUAACAAUACUAAAUUUUAUGAUUUAUAAUAAGAAAUAGAGUUCCAUAAAACAGAAAUAGAAAAGUACAAAAAUAAUCUAAUGGAUUAUUAGGAUGAAGAAAAAAAAAUGGUUAAAAUGAUAUCUGAUUUGAAAAGAGAAAAUUAUAGACUUUAAUAAACAAUUGAUUAAACAGAUACAAAAUCUUUAAAAUUACAAAUAAAAUAAUUACUUUAAUCUUUUCUAAUAUCACUACAAAAUUAGUAAAUAUUAUUUAUCAUUUUUAAGGGCUUAAGAAACUGAAGGUUACUUUAAAAUUCUAGCUAAUAUGCUAGAACUUACAGAUUAGGAAAGAAUAAAAUUUUAAACAGUAGUCAGUUAAAUGAAUCAAAAGAAAAAAGGAGGAAUUUUUAGAUGA